AAUAGUGCUAAACAGGAAUAUAAAGUGGAGCAUUAGUACAAAUAUUAAAGACAUAUCAGGGAGAGCAAACCCUCCCACACUCCCUCUCUCUCUUUCUCAACCACAUUCUGUGUUUCUGUGCUCCUCCCACCCUCUCGUACUCGUUCACUCGCGCUCGGUCUCUGUGUGUCUUGCGCUAUGAAUGCUCUUGUAAGCUUAAUCUCCACUGAGGAGGAGGAGGAGGAGGAGCGCCAGUGAAUGUGAGGUAUCUCAGUAGCUGACAGAUACAGUGCUCACAGGAGGAGACAUGAGAAGACAUCUUAUCCAUUGCAUCACUUUCUUACUUUAUGUUUGAAGUCUUCUUUGUGUGCUGGCACUCCCAAGUGUUCUGAAGCACUGAGCUGAGGUUAUAAAGAAACCAGCUUGUGUGUUUGGAUAUGGGAAAAAACUAAACUCUGAACCUGAAAAAGUAAAGUAAGACCUUUCUAUGGACAUUUACUCUUACGUGAGACUAUAUGUGAGAUGGGAGCCGUGCAGGUGGUCUGAUGAAAUGAGAUUCGCAGGCAUCACUGAAGACUGCUUUAUAAGCUCUUUGCCCAUCUAGUUGAGAGAGUUUCCUCCUUUAAAGUUUCUUCUCCGGAGGAUCAGGACCUGGCUGGCUUCUUUUUGUUUCUUGGAGACACUCUGUCACUGAACUUCCUCUGUGAUAACCAGGCAUCCUCUGAGACAGGAUGCAGGUGUCGUUUGUUUGCACAGACCACCGGUCCAUGAGCCGUAGCACGGAUGACAGACUCAAUCGACAGAACGCUAACAGUCCGAGCACUGGUACCCGAAGCAAGUUCAAAGCUGUGGCCAUGGUGGCCAGGAGCCUUGGGCAGCUCUCCGUCCAGAGCGUCCCUUCUUCAAGUGACCAGAGCAUCAGAACUGGCAUGAAGUAUCGAAACUUGGGGAAGUCGGGCCUGAGAGUCUCAUGUCUUGGAUUAGGAACAUGGGUGACGUUUGGAGGACAGAUCACAGAUGAGAUUGCAGAGCAGCUGAUGACUCUGGCGUACGAGAACGGGAUCAAUCUGUUCGACACGGCAGAGGUCUACGCUGCAGGAAAGGCGGAAAUGGUGCUGGGCAACAUCAUAAAGAAGAAAGGAUGGAGACGCUCCAGUUUAGUCAUUACAACCAAAAUUUUUUGGGGUGGAAAAGCAGAGACCGAGAGAGGACUGUCAAGAAAACACAUUAUAGAAGGUUUGAAGGCGUCAUUGGAGAGAUUGCAGUUAGAAUAUGUGGACGUGGUGUUUGCAAACAGACCAGACCCCAACACACCCAUGGAAGAGACGGUGCGGGCGAUGACCCAUGUGAUCAAUCAGGGAAUGGCGAUGUACUGGGGAACAUCACGCUGGAGUCCGAUGGAGAUCAUGGAAGCGUAUUCUGUGGCCCGACAGUUCAACCAGAUCCCGCCCAUCUGCGAACAGUCGGAAUACCACAUGUUCCAGAGGGAGAAAGUGGAGGUGCAGCUUCCUGAGCUCUUCCAUAAGAUCGGUGUGGGUGCGAUGACAUGGUCCCCUCUGGCCUGUGGGAUAAUCUCAGGGAAAUACGACAGCGGUGUGCCGCCAUACUCACGCGCCUCACUGAAGGGCUACCAGUGGUUGAAGGACAAGAUCUUGAGCGAGGAGGGCCGACGCCAGCAGGCGAAGCUGAAAGAGCUGCAGGCAAUCGCUGAGCGGCUGGGCUGCACGCUUCCACAGCUAGCCAUCGCGUGGUGCCUGAGAAAUGAAGGUGUGAGUUCUGUGCUUCUCGGAGCCUCCAGCACAGACCAGCUCAUGGAGAAUAUAGGAGCAAUACAGGUUCUUCCAAAAUUAUCCUCCUCCAUCGUGCACGAGGUGGACAGUAUCCUGGGCAACAAACCCUACAAUAAAAAGGACUACCGCUCCUAGUGUGGAGCCAGACUGGACCGGAUGCUCCGAACCCUCCUUUGCCUGAUCCUCCGUUCGCUUCAGCUUUUACUGAAUGAGUACCGGCUGCAUGAGACGGGCAAGCACCCACAAACCCUGGAGAGCAAGACUUUUAGAACACGAACGGCAGGAAACACGUGAACAAAAUACACUAAAUAUACAACAAAAGACACAUCCACUGACAUGCAGGAUAGAGAGCGAUGCAUUGAAGAUACAGUGCUCACAGAGUCUCCGUAUGGGUACUUUAAAACCAGAUCAUUAGGGUAACUAAGAACAAAAUGGACAGGAAUAUGCUAACAAACAUUAAAAAAUAACAUGCUUGCUUGGUUGCUGGAAAUAUUCAGUUUUUCCCCGUUUCUUUGUUUUUCUUUUUUAUAUUGAUUGCAUAAUUAGAAAAAUAGAGCUCAAGCUGAAAUAGCCACUCAUGCGAUCCUUUUGGGUUUGCACACAUCGUUCACAUCAUCGAGGUGUCCCGGCCCAGAGCUCUUCACUGUGUCGUCUGCGUUAAAUAUGCACAGGCAAACCAAUAAGCACUUUAAGAGAACAUCAGAGAGAGAAAACUCAUUUAGGAGCAGCUCCUCUCUUGUGUGGAAGUGGCUUUUCCUUAUUCUGUACAGGGCAUGGCAUCAUCUCACUGUCUUCUCUUUAGCCUCAAAACAGCCCUGGCUUCUCAUGUGUCCCUGCUUUGCUAACAGACGUUCUGAUGUCAGAUCACUCCAUCAGAUGCUGGGGUUUUUGGAGGGCAUCUGUCUGAGUGAUUGCUGAAGACGAGCCUCGGAGGUCUUCCAUCCACAGUAACCUUCUCCCUGCGCACACGUUUAGUGUACUCAUAUUACAAUUACUCACGCUGAUUUAUUAGAGUUUAAGUAUAGAUUGAAUUACCUGAAAGGGUUAAGCAUGCUUCAAAAGUAUUUAAUACCAUCAUUGCAGUUUUUUAAAUAAGAAGAGUGACUGUUAAGUAUUUUCUGGUCAUAUUUCACCUCAAAAUCAAUAUCUCAAAACUAUAUAAUGGAAGAUAUACUAAAUUAUAUUACUUAUGAAUUUAGGACAAUUACAUUUUUUAGCAAAUUCCAUGAUAAUUAAGAUAAUUUUUCCUAUAAAUUGUCUUUAAUGUAAUGUGAAUAUAUAUAGAUAUAUAUAAAUUGUAAAAUUAAAUAUCAAGUGUACAUCAUGCU